AUGGGUAAACAUGGUUAUGAUUUUAGUCAAGAUCCGAAGGUGAUGGCAUUUCGAAAGAAAUUUUCAGAAUUAAAUCGGCCAUCUCCAGCUGGUCAUUCUUCCUCAUAUUCUGGCAGUGCCUGUAAGUUGCAAAUGGAGACAAGACAUAUUCUACUCAGUAAACCGGAAACUAGUGAUUUUAGAACUGCUAGUGGACGACCACUAGCGAAGCGAAUGAUACCUGUGAUAACCAAUGAUACGGAGAAUAUUGGUAUCUCAGUGAAAGAAAGACGAUUCUUUCAACACAAAUCUUAUAUUACUCCUAGUACUAAAAUAGCUGCUCAGCAAGUUCGGGAUGCCACUAGUGCUAGUGAGUUUGCAGUUUAUAGAUCAUUAACAAGUGACCAUUCAUUGUGGCUAUUUCAGAUUAUUUCAAAUGGGACAGGAACGAGUUGGGCGGAUGUGGCAGGUUUAGACGUUGUAAAAAGAGCUCUAAACGAGAUCAUUGUUCUUCCUCUCCUUAGACCUGAUAUUUUCACGGGAAUACUUGCACCACCCAAAGGUGUAUUACUUUUCGGUCCUCCCGGCACUGGAAAAACUAUGAUUGGGCGAUGCGUUGCUUCACAGUUUAAAGCGACAUUUUUCAAUAUAGCUGCAUCUUCAAUUACUUCAAAGUGGGUAGGUGACGGGGAAAAACUUGUUCGAGCUCUUUUUGCAAUUGCUCGGGUUCUGCAGCCAUCUGUAAUUUUUAUUGACGAGGUUGAUUCAUUACUUACAACUAGAAAAGAAGGCGAGCAUGAAUCUUCCAGGCGCAUAAAAACCGAGUUUCUCAUCCAUUUAGAUGGUGUGAAUACUAACUCUGAAGACAAGCUUUUAAUUUUGGGUGCUACUAACAGACCACAAGAAAUAGAUUCGGCUGCUAGACGUCGCUUUACAAAGCGAUUGUUUAUUGAUUUGCCUUGCAAAUUCGCAAGAAUGGAAAUGAUCAAUUCUCAUCUUACUGGCCAAAAAAAAAAUCUUUCUGUUGAAGAAUUAGAUCAUAUCGCAGAACUAACAGAAGGUUCCGUUCCAUCGUUUGCAGCGAAAUUACACUGUGCAUUUCUAGGAUAUUCUGGAGCAGAUAUGAAGCAACUUUGUGCUGAGGCAGCAAUGAUUCCAAUUCGUAAUAUUCAGCCGAUUUCUUAUUCUGACUUUUUAACGGCAAUGAAGUUUGUUCGUGCAACAGUUGAUGAUAAAGACAUGAAAAGCUAUAAAGACUGGAACAAACUAUAUGGGUCUUUUGUUUUUGAUACUUGUAAGCUUAAAGAAAUUGAUAAGGAGCUUGAAACAUGUACAGAGCUACAGAGAAGAAGUGCGCUGAUGGAUUCAAAAUCAGAUUUGAUAGAACUAAUAUCAUUAUUAAAAGAAAGUGAAACAACUGCAGAUGAGAAGAGUGGAGAUAUUGGAGAGACAUAUAAUAUUGUGGAAACUCAAGAUUCUGGUGAAUUAGUCGGCAUGCAUUGUUUGGCACCUUACAAGCGUACUGUUGACCAAGCUAUUUAUCUUCAUGAUGCUGUUAUUUUAGACUUUGUUGCAAAUUCGUCUGAGCAAGAAGAUGGUCUUAAGGUCAAAGUUCUGUAUGGUCAUCCGCUUGAAACAGCAAUGAAGCCAUGCAUAUAUUUUUUAGACGAUCGUUGUAAUUAUGGAGAUGAAUGUCGUUUUUCCCAUGGUGAAGAAGUUUUGUUUUCAGCCCUUCAAGAUUACCAAAAGCUGGAUAGUUCACUUAUAAAAGAAGACUCAAUUGUUCUUGUGGAGAAGGAAAAUAAGUUGUGGAGCAGUGCACGAGUUGUUGCUGUAGAUGAUGAAAAGGUAGCAGUUUGUUCAUUGGUUACUGGAAAAGAAAUCGCUGUUGAUAAAUGCAAAGUGUACCCAGUACCGCAAAUAUCUUAUAGUUCUCAAGAUGAUGUCGUCGGAGAAAGUGUGCCAUCAACUUCAUGGGAAGAAUACAAGCAAGAAAGACGAGGAAAUGUAACUAUUGGAGAUAUUGGUGAUUGGGAAAAGCACACACGGGGCAUCGGAACGAAACUUUUGCUGAAAAUGGGCUAUAAGAUAGGACAAGGACUUGGACGGAAAUCUGACGGAAUUAUUCACGCCAUACAACCAGUGAUUUUUGCUAAAAACAAGUCAUUGGAUGCAUGUAUGGAAGCAAAAAAUAGAAAGGUAGUAGAUGGUCUGAAGACUCGGCAGCAGUAUGUCAAACAAACGAUUGCAAAACACUUGGAAGCAGUUGAGCAACCAGUUGAUGUCUUUGAUUUGCUGAAUCAAAAAUUAAAUGAAUCCUCAGUUCGUCCAAACUCAGUAGAUGAAACGGAAGAGAUAAAAAAAUUACAGAGUUGCUCUUCGAAAAAUCUUGGAGCUCAAUUUUUGGAUUUGGAUAAAAAGCUUAGAGAGUAUAAAGAAAAGGAGCGAAAAUUGCGUGAGGGUAUCACACGUAAUUCACGUGAUUUUGCUACUGUCGAUAAGCUAAAAAAAAAGUUAUCGGCAUGUCGUGAAGUGAUACAACGGCUAACAAAUCAACAGGAACGACUCAAUACAAUGGUUAGCAGUCGUCGUAAAAAAAGUGAUAUCUUUUAA